AUGUCAGCGUCUGCCGAUAGAGGUGCUCCCCUCUUUGAUCACCAGAGAGACUACAACCAUGCCACCGACAACACGUACAAAGAUUUGAGGGACAAGGCCGACCAGAUGUAUGAGAAGCGGAAAAAGCUCAGUGCCCAGUCACAGGAUGCGUACCAGAAGGGAGACAAGCAAAAGGCACACGAGCUCAGUGAGGAGCUGAAGAAAGUAUUGGCGGAAGCAGAAAAAUACAACCGCCAGGCAGCAGAGUACGUUUUUCGUGAGAACAACGCCGACUCGGCAGGGGACGAGAUUGACUUGCACGGGCUCUAUGUCAAGGAGGCGGAGUGGAUCUUGCAAAAGCGGUUGGCAGAGUGUUUCAGAACACAUCAGUCGCAUUUGCGUGUGAUAGUGGGUAAGGGGUUGCACUCGCAGAACGGAAUCGCCAAGUUGAAACCGGCAGUGGAGGAGUUAUGCCGUGAGAGCGGCUUGAAGCACCACAUCGACCCAAAAAACACAGGCGUCAUGGUGAUCGACUUGGCAAACUCCCAGGGCCAGCUUCCUUCCCACUGGGACCAGUCGCCUAUUUCCCAGGGCGGGUACCAGCAGCAGCAGCAACCUCACUACCAGCAGCAGCAGCAUGGUCAAGGCAACCAGUUCCAAAACAUCAAAACAGGCAACUCUCUUGUGGAUGGCUUGUUGCGUUUAUUUUGCCAGUGUAUCAACUCCAAAUAG